AUGAGAUUGACGAGAGGCCAUUUUCAAGCUUUCAUUGGCUGUAGUGAACGACCUAUAUCCACUUCUUCUGAAACCUUUUUGAAAACUCCUAAUCUUGAAAAAACUUUCUUCAAAUCCCAAAACAGUGAAGAUAAUCUCGUAAAAAGACUAUGCCGAGAAAACAAACAUGAAGAAGCUAUAAUUAAUCUAUGCGAACGAGACCGUUUAACAGAAGCAAUUCAAGUACUUGAUCAUAUGCAACGUCCUUCUCCAUUAGUGUAUUCUAAUCUUCUUAAGCUUUGUCUUCAACAGAAAGCCGUCGAAGCCACCAAAAGAGUCCACACCCACAUAAAAAGAUCCGGUUUUUUCCCGAGGGCAUCGAGUUUAAAUCAAAUUAUAGACUGCUACUGUAAAUGUGGUAGUCUUGUGGAUGCACGAAUAGUGUUCGACGAAAUGCAAGAGAAGGAUGUGUGUUCUUGGAAUACUAUGGUAUCAGGGUAUGCAAAAGCUGGACGGCUAAAAGAUGCUCCUAACCUGUUCGAUGAAAUGCCUGAAAGAGACAAUUUUUCUUGGACUGCAAUAAUUUCAGGAUACGUCCACCAUGAUCUUCCCAAUGAUGCAUUACAGUUGUGUAGAACAAUGCUAAAAGACUAUAAUGUUAAGCUCAACAAGUUCACAGUUUGUAGUGCGCUAUCAGCUUCUUCAGCAACUCAAAGCUUAAUCAUUGGAAAGGAAAUCCAUGGUCAUAUUAUGCGUACAGCAAGUGCCCUUGUUCAUAUGUACUGCAAAUGUGGGAACAUGGAGGUUGCAGAUAAGGUCUUUAAGUGGAUACCAAAACCAGAUUUAGCUUCAUGGACUUCUUUGAUCAACGGGUAUGCCCAAAAUGGGAAACCUCAAGAAGCUUUGAAGCUAUUCGAUUCAUUACUUGAUACUGGAAUUAAACCUGAUCACAUCACCUUUGUUGGGGUUCUUUCGGCUUGUACGCAUUCAGGUUUGGUUGAUAAAGGGGUUGAAUACUUUAAUUCCAUAAAACAAAAACAUGGGUUGGAUUAUACCAUUGAUCAUUAUGCUUGUGUUGUUGAUUUGCUUAGUCGAUCUGGGAGGUUUAUAGAAGCUGAAGAGAUAAUCAAGAAAAUGCCCAUGAAACCGGAUAAGUUUUUAUGGGGUUCUGUUCUUGCUGGAUGUGGGAUUCAUGGGAAUCUUGAUUUGGCUAAACAAGCAGCAAAAGUAUUGUUCAAAAUAGAGCCUGAAAAUGCAGCCACUUAUGUCACACUCUCCAACAUCUAUGCUGCUGCUGGAAAAUGGGGUGAAGUUGCAGAAAUUAGAAAGAUGAUGGAUGUAAAUCGGGUUGUGAAGAAACCUGGAAGAAGUUGGACUGAAAUUAAGAGAAAGGUGUAUACUUUUUUGAUGGGAGAUACAUCAAAUCCAAGAUUGAAGGAGAUUCAUGGGUUGUUAGGGGAGUUGCAGAAGAAGAUGAGGGAAGAAGGAUAUGUUCCUAAGAUAGAUCAUGUGCUUCAUGAUGUAGAAGAGGAACAAAAGGAGGAAAAUUUAUCGUAUCAUAGUGAGAAAUUGGCUAUUGCAUUUGCGAUUCUUGUUACUCCACCAGGAACAAUGAUAAAAGUGUUUAAGAAUUUGAGGACUUGUGUUGAUUGUCAUACUGCUAUUCAAUACAUCUCUAAAAUUGAAAGUAGGAAAAUUGUUGUUAGGGAUUCGAGUAGAUUUCAUUGUUUUGAGGGUGGGAGUUGUUCAUGUAAAGACUAUUGGUGA